UACGAGGAGUCGUCCCUUGGUUUCUGAUUGUUCAGGUUUAGGGGUAGAAGUGGCAGUAAUCCAUUCCUUAUGCUUGGGAAUUAUAUUUAAACCCCUAGUUCCACUAAGGUCUCUGAUUGAACAUCUAAUGCUCCCAUCAUCUUCACUGCCGUCCAGCAGCAGCUUAAUACUUGAACGCCCACAAAACCCUCUUAACCAAUUCAGCUUUGAACAAACCUUCAGAAACAUUUGCACUCUUCUCCUUUCGUUAACUCACUCAAGGAGCCUCCCUAAAGGCCUACAGCUCCAUGCCCACAUCAUCAAAUCAGGUCUUCAAAUUAUCCCUCUUGUCUCCCACCACCUCAUCAACUUCUACUCCAAAACACAACUUCCAUUAUUAUCCCGCCAAAUCUUCCAUGAAGCUCCCAUUAAGUCAGCAACAACUUGGAGUUCAGUGAUUUCCUCAUUCGCUCAAAACGAGCUUCCUUGUCUUGCCAUUGAGUACUUUCGUCGAAUGCUCGGUGAAUGUGCUCUUCCUGAUGACCAUAUAUUUCCUAGUGCCACUAAGUCUUGUGCGAUUUUGGGAAGACUUGAUGUUGGUAAAAGUGUGCAUUGCCUUGUGGUGAAAACUGGGUAUGAUUUUGAUGUGUUUGUGUGUAGUUCUUUGGUUGAUAUGUAUGCAAAAUGUGGUGAUAUAAAGACGGCAAGGAAAGUGUUCGAUGAAAUGCCUGAGAGAAAUGUGGUGUCCUGGAGUGGAAUGAUUUAUGGUUACGCGCAACUGGGUGUGAAUGAGGAGGCUUUGAAGUUGUUCAAGCAAGCUCUUUAUGACGAUUUGGAGGUGAAUGAUUUCACAUUUUCCAGUGUAAUACAUGUCUGUGGUACCUCUACGUUGCUUGAGUUAGGGAAGCAAAUACAUGGGUUGUGUGUGAAAACAAGCUUUGAGUUAUCGAGUUUCGUGGGUAGUUCUUUGGUUUCUUUGUAUUCUAAGUGUGGACUUAUCGAUGCAGCUUACCUGGUUUUCGAGGAGGUGCCUGUUAGGAAUCUUGGAAUGUGGAAUGCAAUGCUAAUUGCGUGUGCUCAGCACUCACAUACGAAUAAAGCAUUUAAUUUGUUCAAAGAGAUGGAAAUCCGUGGGAUUAAACCAAAUUUUAUUACAUUUUUGUGUGUUCUAUAUGCUUGUAGUCAUGCAGGGUUAGUUGAAAAGGGGCAAUAUUACUUUGAGCUAAUGAAGGAGCAUGGGAUUGAGCCUGGAUCUCAGCAUUAUGCUUCUUUGGUAGAUUUGCUAGGCCGUGCUGGUAAAUUGCAGGAAGCAGUUUCUGUUAUCAAUAAAAUGCCCAUUGCUCCAACAGAAUCUGUAUGGGGAGCACUGUUGACUGGGUGUCGUAUUCAUGGAGACACUGAUUUGGCUGCCUAUGCUGCAGAUAGGAUUUUUGAGUUGGAUAAUGUGAGCUCAGGCCUGCAUGUGCUGUUAUCUAAUGCUUAUGCUGCCGCUGGAAGGUGGGAAGAUGCAGCCAAAGCUAGGAAGAUGCUAAGGGACCGAGGGGUGAAGAAGGAAACUGGUUUGAGUUGGGUUGAGGAGGGAAACAGAGUUCAUACAUUUGCUGCAGGAGAUAGAUCUCACCUGAGAACAGAAGAAAUUUAUCAGAAGUUAGAGGAAUUGGGGGAAGAAAUGGAAAGAGCUGGUUAUGUUGCAGAUACAAGUUUUGUUUUGCGCGAAGUGGAUGGUGAAGAAAAGAAUCAGUCAAUUAGAUAUCAUAGUGAGAGACUAGCUAUUGCUUUUGGGAUGAUUACAUUUCCACCUGAUAGGCCCAUAAGGGUUAUGAAGAACUUGCGAGUCUGUGGUGAUUGUCACACAGCAAUUAAAUUUAUGUCCAAGUGUUCUGGAAGAGUAAUUAUUGUGAGGGAUAACAACCGGUUCCAUCGGUUUGAGGAUGGAAAAUGUUCAUGUGGCGACUAUUGGUGAAUAAAUUAUAAAACAAUUUUGUACUGACCAAAUUUUUUAUACAGAUGUAAAACAGUGAGGAAUUUUUGCAUUUCUAUACUUCAAAAUAACUUGAGUGUAUUUAAGAUCCAUUUGUAAGAGAAAUUUUAAGCA